UGGCGGUCUCACCGAUAUCGUGCGUAAACACUCCUGCUGUGUAAAUAAAACAUAGUUUGGAUGUUAGGAAACAAUGUACGGGCAAAGCAAGACACAACAAUCCUUUUUUUUGAACAAAAUCGUCCCGAAGGUGCGCGGCCACGCAAACUCGAGAUUCUUUCAAAGUUAUGCGGGCCCCACAUUCCACACGUGCACCUUCACCAGCGGGAACUAUAUCUCAGGCUCCCUGCGUUUGAGCGUGUCGUGUUACCAGCAUUUCCUGUGUCUCAUAUCUGGAACGAACGAACUCUCCAAUGGAGCAAAGUAAUGCGAGAUGGGAGUGGUUCCGUUAUGAGGUCACGGCGAGGGACUGAGCUGAACGCUCGGCAGCGAGCGCGAGCGCUAGACAUGAGACGGACGCGGUAGCUGGAAACGUUUAUUCGCACGGCUGAAUGAAUCUCUGCUGGCAGCAACAGAAAAGAAUCAAAUAGCAGGACCGCGUUCGCUUCGACGGGGAACUGCUGAAAAACAUCGCGCGUUGGCGUUAGAGACGCAGGACAGGCUCGCGCACGAAAGACUCCCAAGGAAGAGGCGCGUGAGGAAAGUUUUCCUACGCGAAAACAAACUGGACGGAACAGCGCAGAAAUCGUGACGCACGAGCCAUGCACUGGUUGUACAGCGUGGGAUAGUUCUUCUGGUGCCGUUCGCUUGAAGGGGAUGCCUUUUCGGUGGCUUUCUUCAACAAAAGUUUGACGCCAGGAACGCCGUAUCGUUCUGUUCGACAAGAAAACGCUUCUUUCCGAACGGAACAUUUCUCGCUCGUCAAGAGUCGUUAUUCGUUGCUUUGGCCGGAGGAUCCGUUCCGCCGUCGUGUAGUUUUUUUGGGGGACAGGGGUGGGUUGGAUAUCUAUAUUUUUCACUUUUCCUUCACGGCCUCCUCCAGGAUGUAUCUUCUUAUGAAAUGCAUGCUGAUUUUCCAACUUGUGGUGUUGAUCGCGAAGAACGGUCGGGCGCUCAUUUGUUUGCCCUGUGAUAAAUCCAAAUGCGAGGAGCCCAAGCACUGCACGGGCUCCGUGGUGUUGGGGAUCUGCGGCUGCUGCUCGGUUUGUGCCAAGCAGAAGAACGAGAGCUGCGGAGGCGUUUACGGUCUGUACGGGACCUGCGACCGCGGACUCCGGUGCGUGAUCAGACCCCCGUUAAACGGCGGUUCCAUCACGCAGUACGAGGUUGGAGUUUGUGAAGAUGAAAACUGGGAUGACGACCAGCUCUUGGGCUUUGAGCCAUGCAAUGAAAACCUGGUUACGGGCUGUAACAUCAUUGAUGGGAAGUGUGAAUGUGACAGUGUACGAACAUGCAACAACCCAUUUGAGUUUGGUAGCCAGGAAGCCUGUCAGACAGCCCUGCAGAAGAUUGAAGAGGAAAGGCCAGACUGUUCCAAGGCGAGAUGUGAGGUGCAGUUUUCUCCACGCUGCCCAGAAGACUCUAUAUUGAUCGAGGGCUAUGCUCCACCAGGUGAAUGUUGCCCCCUGCCCAGCCGCUGCGUGUGUAGCCCAGCUGGGUGUCUGAGGAAAGUUUGCCAGCCCGGGCACCUCAACAUCCUGGUUUCCAAGAGCUCAGGCAAACCUGGCGAGUGUUGUGACCUCUACGAAUGCAAACCAGUGUUCAGUGUAGACUGCAGCACAGUAGAGUGUCCACCGGUGAAGCCUGUCCAGUGUCCGGCAGACAGCUAUGAGACUCAGGUCAGACUGACAGCAGAUGGCUGCUGCACCCUUCCUACCAGAUGCGAGUGUUUGCCUGGCCUCUGCACCUUCCCACAGUGCUCAGCGGGGACUUCCCCACAGGUCGUGUCCCGUGGCGAUGGAACACCUGGGAGGUGCUGCGAUGUGUUCGAGUGUGUCAACGAGACAAAGCCGGCCUGCACUUUCAACGGAGUGGAGUACCAUGACGGGGACAUGUUCAGGAUGGACGCCUGCCGCUUCUGCCGUUGUCAGGGUGGGGUGUCCGUGUGCUUCACCGCCCAGUGCGGCGUCCUCCACUGCGAGCGCUACUACGUCCCUGACGGAGAGUGUUGUCCUGUCUGCGAAGACCCCAUCUACCCAGUGCUCAAUUUAGCCGGCUGCUAUGUGAAUGGGCAGAUCCUGGCUCACGGAGACCACUGGCGUGAGGACGACUGUACCUUCUGCCAGUGUGUGAGUGGAGAGGCCCGCUGUGUAGCAGCUGCCUGCUGCCACAGCUGUCUCAAUCCUGUCACUGUGCCCGGAGAGUGCUGUCCUGUGUGUGAGGUACUAAGCAGUACAGAGUCAACAGCGCUAACCGAGUGUCCCAUUCCUCAUUUACAGUUUCAGAUAGGUGUUCACAGCGUGUACUUUGACAGAUCUGAGGACAGCCCCACAGGAGACUUCUACCUGAUAGUCAAAGCGAGCCCCACCUACAUCACAAUGGCGCCCCCCUGCCUGCGGCUCUCUGGACAACUGCACGCUGGGAGGGCAGAGCUGCCCGUUCGGCUUCCGGCUGGACUCCAGCGGCUGCAGGACGUGCAGCUGCAAGACGUAAGAGAGCUGAGACGUCACUGGAGAAGUAGCUUCAUCUUCCUCAGGGCCAUACCGCGCGGCUCUGCGAAUAAACACUGCUGCUCCACAUCUGCAAAACAAAAACUGCUCCAAUUACGCAGGCGACUUUCUGAGCCACCCAGGCCAAACUUUGUGGAGCUGUGCAGUCGGCAGGUUAAAGAGACAUCUGUGACGAAUGGAGACGAGAAAGAGAAGGAAAGCGACGACUACUGA